AUGUUAUUUCGUCUCGGUAAGGGAAACCAACAAGGUUGCAAUGAACCUAACUUACACAUAAGUGUCUUGAGAUACGACGGAGUUUUUCUUGAUGUCGAUACUUCAAAAUUGUCGAUACCUCAAAGGAACUAUUGUGGCUCACCAACAUUCUACUUAAAUAUUGAUGAUGCGGAUUUUACGAGUUAUCAUUGUAAAGCUGACAAUGAUGAUGAUUUUCAAGUGGAACACAAUAGACCUAAAAAAAAAAAUGUGGGAACAAUCCCAACUUGUGAGCCAGGAAACCCGGAUUGUCCUACUACAACAUGUGCAAAUGGCGAUACCAAAUGUACCACGGCUCCUUCUAAAACAUGUUCACAAGAUGACCAUAAAUGUAACACUCCGACUCCAGUAGCACCAAAACCAACUACAACUUGUGGACCUAAUGAUACCGGAUGCACACAAGCACCAGCUCCAGCUCCAGCUCCAACUACAACUUGUGAACCUAAUGAUACCGGAUGUACACAAGCUCCAGCUCCAGAGCCAGCACCAACUACAACUUGCGGACCUAAUGAUACCGGAUGUACACAAGCUCCAGCUCCAGAGCCAGCACCAACUACAACUUGUGGACCUAAUGAUACUGGAUGUACACAAGCACCAGCACCAGCACCAGCUCCUACGGUUAUUACCACGUGUUCUGGAACUCCUGCUGCUUGUGAAACCAUUACCACCACCAUUCAACCAGCACCAACUACAACUUGUGGACCUAAUGAUACUGGAUGUACACAAGCACCAACACCAGCACCAGCUCCAACUCCUACGGUUAUUACCACGUGUUCUGGAACCCCUGCUGCUUGUGAAACCAUUACUACCACCAUUCAACCAGCACCAACAACUGCACCAAAUUCACCAAAUUCACCAAAUUCACCGUAUGUAGUUAUAGAAGAUUCGAUUGGAGUUUACGCUACCAAAGAUCAGUAUAUAUUGGUGACUUAUUAUUGUGAUGCUACAACAGAACAAAGAUGUGUUACUGCAAUAAAUUGGGAGGGUCAGAUAACUAAUCCUGAAUUGAGAUUUGAUUAUAGUAAUACUUGCAAAUAUGAAACUAUUAUUAAGGGUUAUGAUUCUAAUACUGAUGGUUUUCUAAGGGCAUGUUAUGUCAGUGAUACUAGCACACAAAAACUUUUUUGGGAAACAUAUACAGCUAUUAAUUUUGAAGGAACAUUCACACCUCUUAAAUCAGGAACAAUCAAUACAUUCACAUUCACUUCCACGAAUUAUACGAAUGCUACAUACAUUUUUCCAACAGAAGAUGGUGGUUAUUCCGUGAUUAUAGCCAGUGGAGAAAUCGACAAGACAUCAUGGUCGGUGUCCACAUACUUUUUACCAAAAGAUGAUGAUGCGAUAGGCCCAUUCGUACUGUAUACAGAAUCAACUUUAGUUAUCAAUUCAUUUAAUAUUGAAAGAUGCAAUAUAGCAUAUCAAAGUUUUGGAUAUAGCUGUAUUAUAAGUAUAUUGACAAUAGAAAAUACCGUGGAAAAAAAUGUUUUUGUAAAUAUAGAUUUUUAUUCCACAGGUGCAACAAACAACGUGACACAGUUUGAGUUGACUCAGCUUACUAGUUGGGAGGUUUUAACUGUUGAAACUUUGUAUCAUGGUGGAUGGAUUAUCACGGCGAAAAAUGCUAAUAAUGAUAUCAAUGGUCUUGUGAUUAGCAAUUAUGGUACUUAUUUUAGUGAUUGGGGUCUUUCUUCACAAACUAUUAAAUAUAGUACAGAUUAUGGAACUCUCAGAAAUAAUACUGUUUGGGUCAUCCUUUAUCCUUUGGUCCAAUCAUCUGAUUCAACUACUUGGACUUUAAUGUCCACUAGCACACUAACUGAAUUUACCACUGUUCAAGGAGGUACUAAUGGACCGGGUGGUUAUGGUAGCUCAAAUAUCGUUAAUACACAACCAGAAAAAGGAGGUAGAUUUGAAUAUGGUGCGAAAUAUAUUAGCAUUGAAUACAAUGUACCAGUCUUAUUAGCAGAAAAGAAUAUCACAAUUUACGAAAGAUCAACGGACUCGUCAUCCCAAGGUAUAAUGCGUCAAACCAGUUCUGGAUUAUCGCCAUUUGUCAGUAUAAGUGAUAAAGAGAGUAAAGUGGUACAGGUUCAAAUGAUGAAAACUUCAUUGAACAAACCAAAUACAACUUAUUACGUUACCGUUGACAAUGGGUUUGUAAAAGAAGAUAGCAGACAACAAAGUCUGAUUGGUAUAACAGGAAAACAGUGGAAUAUUACAACCGGCAGUGAUGGGUAUGAUGUUUCUGGAGGAACGUGGGAUAAGGCAAUUGUUCGUUUGACGAAUCCAGGCACUGAAAAAUAUUUGUCGUUUAAUCAAACAGAUAAAACAGUUUUUAUUGAUGGAAUGAAAACAGGAAUAUCGACAGCGGUUGGUUGUGAGAAGUCAAUUGUCGACGUAUCAUUUCAUUAUCAAUAUGAUUGGAAACAUACACACGUUGAUCAAAUUUUAUUAAGUGUUGAUUUUUCAACUACACCGAAUGGAACAAGCCCUGCAACACUUGUCUCUUAUUUAAAUGAUACUAUUGUUAAUAAAGAUUAUAAUACUCUUUCAAAAGGUGCAUCAACAAUGUACUUGGAUUCUACUCAUGGAGCUUAUCCAGCAACUAGAUUAUGGGAUACUUAUAAAUGGAUUCUUAUUGGAUUUUUUAUUGGAUUAGCAAUUUUAUUAGUUUUGUUGUACUGGGCCCACCUAAAGAACAGAAGUGGAGAAAAUUUCACGUCUAUUGUCUUGUUCCCAAUCAUUCUUAUAGAUUUUGUAAUGGAUGUUGGUUUUGUUGCAAAUUACGGAAAAGAUUUAAAAUGGUUGUGGCCUACAAGUCUUGUAUUUUUAAUAGUUCCUAUUGUAUUAAAUUGUAUAUUUACAUUUUUCACCUUUUCAAAUGAGCUAUCGAUCAAAAAAGCUGAAAAACGUGGUGAACGCUUUUCUAAAUGGUGGCAAAAAUAUAGUCUGAUAGCAUGGAUAUUCGGAAUUUUAUCAUGUAUUGAUACCGUAGCAUUGAGUGUCUUGUCAUCAAAGACUGCUGGUAUAAAAUCACUGAGUGCACCAUUUUCACGUAAAUGCAUCAUGGAAAUCUUUUUCAUAACAGCGUUUAUUACGUUCAUUGAAGAUUUACCUCAAUUGAUUAUUUAUAGUCUAUAUCUUUACUGGACUGUUGUUCCAGCAAUAUUGCCAAUAUUGGUAUUAUCAGGACCAAAUGAAAAAUUAACAGAUAUGCCACCUCCUAAAGAAAGCAAAGUUAUUAAAAAACCUGAUGAUAGUGAUAGUAGUAGCAGUAGUGGCUCUGAUGUUUCUAGUGGUGACACUAAUAAAUCUACUCCUACCAAACCUCUUACUAAAUAUGGUAAUGAACCACCAGGAAAAGAAAAGAAACUAAGAACAAUUGGUUCUUCGCCUACUGAUGACAAAGAUGAUUUAACUAAAUCUGCUAAUACAUAUAAAAACGUUGGCAAUGAACCAAAGACAAUUACAAGUAAUAUUAAUGAUGAUGAUGCUACCAACAGAACUUCAGCAACAAGCGAAUUAGAUAUUGCCGCUAUUGAUUAUACACCACCAAUUGAUGAUGAUGAUGAAAGUGGUGAUAACUCUCAUAAAUACGGUGGAUAUAGUAGUGGAUACGGAUACGGUGGCACAUAUAUUUCUAGUGGCUAUCCCAUCAUUACUAGUAAUACUACAACUACCAAUAAAACACCAGAUGAUACUACGACCACCAAUAAAACACCAGAUGAUACUACAACCACCAAUAAAACACCAGAUGAUACUAUUACAUCUACACCCGAAUCCACAUCACCAGAAUCAUCGUCUCCUCCUCUACCAUCAUAG